AUGGAAGGUGAGAGUUCCCAGUGCGAGGCAGAUUCCAGUUGUUCUCAUUCCCAGCUCGGUUAAUCGUUCAAUGGGAACAAAUUGAAAAAAUUGUUGAUUUUUAGGUGAAAUGACGUGUGAUCAAAAUCCAGGCGUGAUAGUCGUCAAAUUCGAGGGCCGCGAUUAUCGGCACUAUCAGAGACGGAAAGAAAGAAGCUGCCAAAAAAGGAUAGCUCCGCAGGUUUUCCAAAAAAGAGAAUUUUCCGACUUUUUAUGGUUUCAGAGUGUCGAAGAUCGUCGGAAGGAAAACGCGAAGAAUUCGCGGGCCUAUACGACACGAAAUAAAAUGGAAAUCGAUGCGUGCCGCUCAAGGAUGCCGAUAUUGGAGUCGGAAUAUAAAGGAAUCGAGGAGUUCCUUGUUGCCGUCUUCACGGACAGCGAUGUUGGUUUUCAGGACUUUGAGAAAUAUCUUUUUGGUUUGUUUAAAAGCACAGAAGCCUUGUGUGAUUUGAAGAAAAACACGAAAAGUUCCUUUCUUCUUGGACCCCAUGGAAUUAUCGCUAAGGGGGCGUGUCCUGUCUGCGCUCUCCACGAGCCAGGCGCUAUUUCGUGCAUUAUCGUGUCAGGACCUUUUUUGAUGGGGAGGCAACGCCAUUUAUGGCGGCUAACGGUACACCGGUCACGCAAUUCGGCUUGCUUCUGCUAACAGAAUGGGCGGUCUUUUUUAGCCCUGGCAAGGCAAAAAGGAUAAUAAGACCACAAUUAUGCUAUAACACGUUCAACACCACGGAUGGAACUUUUUCGCAAGAAUACCAGUCAACCAGGACGACAACACUGGAUGACCGAUUGCAUAAGACCUCCUGGAAAACGUGUGGUCCACGCUUCGAUCAAUAAAAGGCACUAAAAGGCAAUAAAAGGUCGAAAGCGAAGAUGGACCAUCUAAGUAUCUAAGUAAGUAAGUAAGACCUUUUUUCGAUGGCUCAAGCCAGCCGUGAAUCAGCUAUAGUUCAUGACCAAGGCAAAGUCAGAAAAGGCUCCUUUUCGCUGCUUUUUUGCGCCAUUUCAUCGGCUCUUAUGCAGCAUUUUUGCUGCCUCUCCCUUUUUCCACUAUCUCUUGAGCUUUUAAAAUCCAGAAAAAAUGACAAGUUUGGUAAAGGGACUUUUUUGCUGCCUUCCUGCGGCCUUUUUUGAGCUUCCUUAUUUUUAUCCACCAUUCCGACUUUAUCCGAGUAUAUGCUUCAGUAGGUCUUUUUAACUUAGAAAAAGUAGCAAUUUUGAGCUAAACAGAUUUUUUAAAUCCCUAAUUUUCAUUAUUCGUAUCUCUCCUUCUUGAAACUGAUGCUAUGAAAAAUCUUUUUUUCUAAAACUAACGCAUUUUUUUAAAAAAACAACUCGUUUGACGUUGUAUAGAAGCAAAAUUGGCAUUAAUAACUGAGUUCUCUAGAUUUUUUUCUACUGAAAAAAGUGUAUUUAUUCUUAAAAAGGAAGAAAGUUUGAAAAUUUAGUUUUCAUAUUUUUUUCGCAGGGUUUUUCUCAAAUAGAGUAGAUUGUUUUACUGAUUUUUUUAAAAAAUUGAAUUGGAGAACUGAUUUUUUUAGAAAAAUCUUCUAUUUUUUUAGAAUAACUUUCAUACAAAUUGAAUUGGAAAUAUUUUUUUUAUAGAGAGUAAAAAAAGUCGAGCAAAUCAUUUCAUAUGAAUAAGUAGACCCUGGGGGAAUUUUUUUAACGUUUUCUUUCAAGAAUCUCUAUUUUUUCCAGUUUUUUUCACUUAUAAAAUUUUUUUAUAGGUGAAAAAGAAUGCAGAGAAGCUGAUAGAACUCGUCGACCGGUUUUGUGAUAUCAAAUGCACGGAUUCUUGGAUUAGUUUGAAGGGCACCGUGAGGAAAACGCUUGAAGGUAGGAAUUUAACCCAUUUUUUAAAUUUCUAUGUGAAAAAAUUGCAGAUACGUUGAAAGAAAAAGAAGAAAUCUACACGAACAACGUAGAAAUUCACGGCUCCCGCGAGGUUUUUCUCGAUUUUUUUUAGAAAUCUUGUUUUAAAUGAAGAUUUGUUCAGGAAUCAAUAGCGAGACUGGAAAAGGAGUUCUCGGAAGUCGAAAAACCGCAGCCUUCGGUGAGUUUUAGAAGGUGGUGGUCCAACUAAUCAAGGUGUUUUAGGAAACGACGAAGGAUCGCAACACGAGGGCCUCGAGAAAAUGCCGAUUAAGGAAUAAAAUCGAGCGCGAGCAACUUCACAACGAUAUUGAGAUCUUGGAGAAGGUUUGAAAUUGGUUUCUAGGUCGAAAAAUGAAGAAAAUCUUUUCUAUUGAUCGAUAAUUCACAGCGUUCUAAAGCGAUGUUCCCGCCCCGUUUCUGAAAAGCAUGCGGACGUUGCAUGAGUGGGCGUGGCUAACAAUCGUCUUUUUCGCGUCGUAAUUAAGAGUCCGGAUUUUUUGAUUAUUUGAAGGCUAGCAUUUUUUUUCCUGACAUUUAUAGUUUCCAAGUGUUGCUAGUCAUUUCCUAUAACUCUCUUAAAAUGUCGCAGUUUAUUUUCUUGUGGUUUGAUUGGUUCAAAGGACUACAUAAUUGUUCUGUUCACGAAAGUCGAAAUUUUUAACUCAGGUUUGAUUUUGUAUUCUUUUUUUUCCUGUUUAAGUAAUUGAAAACUAAUAAUGUGAUCGGUUCCUGGAGUUGAAAUUUCGAUUUUCUCUUUUGUCUCUUAGGUACAGACCAAUUACACCUUUUUUUGAAUUUUUUCGUCAAGUCGAAAUUUUUCUCUUUUGCGCGGACACUGACAGCUUUUUUUUCUUGUUUAUUAGUUGGAAACUGAUAUUUUGAUCGAUUCUUGGAGUUGGAAUUUCGAUUUUCGGUUUUAUCUCUUGGAUACAGUAUUUUCUUUUUUAAACAACGUUUCGACACAUUACCGAGCUAUGGAUACUUUAAAAACUUUCUAAUACGUUUAAAAACAUUAAUUAAAAAUUUACGUGCAUAGAAACAAAAAAAAAGAUUUUUAAAAACAAUCAAAAAAAGUUGAUAGCAUUCAAAUUAAAGAAAAAAAAGCACUUUGAUUUUGAUUGACAACGCUCCAAGUUACGCGCUCCAUUAAGAAUAGUUUGCGCCUCUUUCUGCGUGAACCCCGUUUUAGAACGCUGUGAAUUGAGCUUGUUCUGGACCAGAAAAUCGUCUUGUGUUGUUAGUUUUAAUGAGAACUUGAAAGGAUCUUCUCUAGAUAUUUUUCUGGGGUAAAGUAGUUAACAACUGGAAAGAACUGUUAAAAACUGAUUUUUCUAUCGUUUAUAAUCAGCAAAGUGACAAAAAAAACCAUAUUCAGCCUGUUUGGGGAAAAUUUUAAACUCGGUAAAAAAACAGUUUUGAAUGUUUUUUUCUUAGAAAUCAAGACCUUGUUCUUCCCAUAUCCAAAAAAGGACGCUAAAAAUCAUGGAAAAGAGAUCAGCAGACCUGAAGAGAUGCCAGAGAAAAAAGAGACUAUUUCAUUUCUCUAACGUCUCUUCAAAAACCCCAUGUCUCUCAUUUUCGCCGAAUCAAUCAGAAAACUGACUAGGGAAUGGUCUCCAUUCGCAGUGGGACUUCUGAAUGAGACUAGGUUCACUAGAUGUAGUUUUUUACGCUGAUUCCAAAUCUGGUCUCAAAAACUGCCCUCGAGGCCUGUGAAAAAAGUUAGGGGCUCUCAAAGUCGAAAAAUUCGAUGUCUCCGAUCGAUCUCAUUUUUAGAGGGUAUAUAGUCCUUGUUCCCCCGGUCACGAAAAACUAUUUGAUUUUUUUCGAAAAUUUUCUGGAACCCAGAUAUAAACUUUCAAAGCCUCGCCUAACACAAGAGCAUGCGAGCGCGGUGUCCUAUGGCGAUCCGACGGCUGUCGAAGCAACGGCAGCGAGGAGCAGUGGUAAGGCGGCGGACUGGGGAUCACGAGGUCAUAGGUUCGGUGCCCACGCUGUGCAAACUUUUUUUGCAAUUUCUCCUUUUUUGGAUACUUUCGUCUAACUGCUCCUUUUUUGAGUUUUGAGGCGUAUAAACACGAAAAAACUGCGUUUUGAACCUAUUCCAACAGCUGAAAUUCUUUUUGUCGCAAAUUUUUUUCAUGAAAUUUUUCGUGUUUUUCCAUGUAUAUGAGCAUGAGUUGGAUUGUCAAAAUUUUCAAAAAAAAUUUUUUGGUUUUUUUUUUCUUUUGUUCUUUUUCCAAAAGCUGUCAAGACCGAAUUCAUCACAGCUACGCUGAUAGAUGAUGCGGAAAUUUUUUUCAAUAAUUUUUUUCAGACUGCUGUGCUCACUUACCUCUUCACGAGAAAAAAAUCACCCAAAUUUAAUUGAGGUUUUUGCUGAAACUUUCAAGGAGGCUUCCUUUGAUCCGUGAAUAAAAUUAAUAGAAAAAAACCUCACUAAAAACUUCCGUUCAAUGAAAAUUUUGAAAGGUUAUAGUCAGACUUCGGCGAGUAGAAAGUUCCAAAAUAAAAAAGAAACUGAAAAUAAGAAAAAUGAAUUUUCUUUCAGAUAUAAGUUUUUUGGACAUUUUCAAUCUUUUCCAUUUGGGGCAAAUCGCGGGAAUUUUCUUUUUUUUUCGGCAAAAUGCGAUGGUCAUAGGUGAGCCCACUGCAAAUAACGACGGGUUUUUUGAAGAAAAAAAUUUUUUUCUGUGGUCGGUCAGCGUAGCUGUGAUGACUUCGGUUCAGACAGCUUUUGGAAAAAAAGAAAAAAAGAAAAAAACCAAAAAAAUUUUUUUCUGAAAAAUUUUGACACUCCAACUCAUGCUCAUAUACAUGGAAAAACACGAAAAUUUCAUGAAAAAAAUUUGCGACAAAAAGAAUUUCAGCUGUUGGAAUAGGUUCAAAACGCAGUUUUUUCGUGUUUAUACGCCUCAAAACUCAAAAAAGGAGCAGUUAGACGAAAGUAUCCAAAAAAGGAGAAAUCGCAAAAAAAGUUUGCACAGCGUGGGUACCGAACCUAUGACCUCGUGAUCCCCAGUCCGCCGCCUUACCACUGCUCCUCGCUGCCGUUGCUUCGACAGCCGUCGGAUCGCCAUAGGACACCGCGCUCGCAUGCUCUUGU